AGCUCCCUCCAGUUUCUGCACUGGUCUGUCCUGCUGCCGAACAAGCCCCCGACAUCCCAGGUGCCCUGCAGGGUGGAAGCAGCGGGGUCCGGCGGAGCCUGCCUGCAGCCCAUUAGGGUUCUGGCCCGUGCGAGCGGGGCUGUCCUGGUGUCACCUGAGCUGCGGGCACCAGGCUGGCACAGCUCUGGGGACUGGAUAUGGAGCCGUGUGAAGGACGUGGCUGCCCUGGGCCUGGGGCAUGAGGGGCAUCGGCCUGACGCUCUGGAGCCCAAAGCCAGCACGAGGACCGUCUCCCCACCCCGCCCCACGCUGGAGUCAUUCCUCGGGGACCAGUACGGACAGGAUGGGACGUAUCAGAGCUCGGGGUGCCCCAGCAGCAUCCGGAAGAGGAUCCACAGCACCGAGUUCAGCAGCAUCUUCCUGGAGACCAUCCCAGUGCUGCAGUGGUCGCGGCACGCCGAGGAGGCCGAGUACCAGCGUCUGCAGAGGUACCACGGAGCCUUUGGCUGGCAGGAGGUUUCCUGGCCUGUGCUGCGAGAUGCUCUGAGCCUGCUCAACACCUCGGCCAACACACACCUGCUUGAGGCGUGGGGCCCUGGUGACCCCUCCUGUAUCCGCUGUGCCGUGGUGGGCACCGGCGGCAUCCUCAACAGCUCCGGCAUGGGGGCCGCUAUCAACCGGCACGACUACGUGUUCAGGAUGAACGGUGCCAUCACCGCGGGCUUCGAGCGCGACGUGGGGGACCGGACGUCCUUCUACGGCUUCUCCACCAACACCAUGAUGAACGCGCUGCAUGCCUAUGCUGCCAACGGCUUCCAGCAGCUGCCACGGACACCGGAAACCAGGUACCUUUUCCUCCCGGACCACGAUCGUGAUUAUCUGUUGCUCCGGGCGGCCAUGACCCGCAGCCCCGUGGACCAAGGCCAAGACAAGGGCGCUCGGCCCCAGCAGUACUUUGGAGAGGACCUGAGGGCAGAGAAGUUCAAGAUGCUGCACCCUGACUUCAUCCGCUACCUCCGGAACCGAUUCCUCCUCUCCAAGACGGUGCGGUCCCAACACUGGAAGCUGUACCGCCCUUCCACCGGGGCCGUGAUGCUGCUGACUGCCAUGCACACGUGUGACGAGGUGAGCGCCUACGGGUUCCUGACCCCCAACUAUGCGGCCUUCUCGGAGCACUACUACGACCAGGUGCACAAGAGCAUCUCCUUCUACCUGAACCACGACAUGCAGCUGGAGUUGCAGCUCUGGCAGCGGCUGCAGCGCAGCGGGCUCCUGACAUUAUACACGCGAGGCUGACGACCAGGAAUGCGCUGGGUCAUGGCGCGGGGCCGUAGAGCCGUCGCAGCCCUGGAGGACGCCGGGGGCACAGCCGGCGCCACUGCAUUGUGCAUGGGCCGGUGGCUACCCCGGCAAAGCCCCGCUGGACCUGUCCCCUGGGGACACCUGGCUGCUUUACAGAGGUCAGAGCUCAGGUCCAACAGCACCCGGCCGUGCUCAAGGGGGGCAAGAGGCAGGUCCCUUGAGUGCUGCACCUCAGUUUUCCCCUCCAUGGAAUGGGUGCACCAGUUGUUUGCCACAGAGUUCAGCCCUUCCCUGCAGCGGGUGGGGCCGGCACUGCCCAGUGGUGGCUUGGCGGUGCCCCAGAAUCACCGGCCCCUCACCCUCCUUUUCUGAAAGGGACAUUGGCCAUGAAUAAACACCCGGGUCCAUACCCAGCUGA